AUGGACAGACAUCGCCGCCGCUGCCACACUCGAGACACGCCUGGGCCUCUCCACCCGCGACGACACUCUCUCUGGAAUCGCACGCAGGCCGUGGAAAAGGAGCAACCGGCCGCCGCCGCAGCAGCAGGAGGAGGGGGAGGAGGAGGAGGAGGAGGAGAAAGACGCCAGCACCACUUCCACGCUAAAAAGAAGUGGACGAACAGCCGCGUGCAAGACAAGGACGCGAUGGAGGCAGCUGAAGCCGCACUGGUGGAAAGGACAUCCUCAACGAACCCAACGGCAAAUACGACGUCGGCAGCUGCAGCGAUUGGGGGCCUCGCACUCGCGCCACCGGCGAAGAUUUGCUGUUGUGAGUUGUGUCGUCCAGAGAAAUGCAAAGACAUCAACAACAGCACGAACCCAAGAAUUGGUAGUCCGGGCCCGGUGACGCUCUUUGCCUUUGGCAUGACCACGUGCUUGUACAACGUCCACAUCGCACAGAUUUGCCCAAUGAACAUGACCACGAUGGGACUUAUCGUCUUCUAUGGCGGCCUCGCACAGUUCGUGGGCGGCUGGUUUGAGCUCAUUAACAUGAACGCCUUUUUCUGCACUUUGGACGUCACGUACGGUGCCUUCUGGAUGGCGACGGCGAUCACGAAUUUGGUGCCGGAGAAUACUUUUGUCACGACGAGCGAUGUCUCGAACAACUACAUGGGCGGCUUUUUCAUGCUGUGGUUCUUCUUUUCCUCGACCAUGUUCGUUUCCUCGCUCAAGAUCGGCACGUUCAUGCAGAUGCUGUUGAACUUCUCCGUCGCGUUGAACUUUUUGUUGAACCUGCUUGGGCAGUUCACGAAGAGCAACACGCUGCAGAAGGUGGCUGGUUUUGAAGGCAUCGUCGAGGGCUGUCUCGCCGUCUAUAUGGGGAUGGCCUUCACCCUGCGGGAGGCCUACGGGCACAGCGUGUUGCCAAUUCUUUUCCAAAAAAGACUUCAAGUACACGGAGUG